UCUUGAAUUUAAGGGUGUUUCGGGAAAAAUUGAGCCUGGCAGCAUCGAAAUUCUGUUUCAGGACAUCAAGACGAAGAGAUCAAGCCAUCUCGCCAACUUGUAUCAUUAACGGUCCCACGGGACUACUUGUGCUCCCGGACUAUAAAAAAAAAGCCCUAGAGCAAGCUUCAAGUCUACAAAACCAUCAUUCGUCCAAUUUGGUCCUAUGCAUCACAACUUUGGGGUUCUGCCUCGCCUUCAAACAUAAAGGUUAUUCAAACCUUUCAAAACAAAUACAUCAGAAGAAUUACUAACACUCCUUGGUUUGUCCACACCGAAAUUCUACAUCGAACGUUUUCAAUACCCUAUGUCACAGACAUUAUCAAAGUCAUGCAUCGUAAAUAUGUGGAUAACCUCAACUAUCAUCCUAAUCAUCUUGCAGUAAACUUGUUAGAUACCUCCACGAACACUUAUCGCCUCACUAGGCGGAAUGUGAUGGAUCUCCAAUCUUACAUGUAAACAAUCAGCUUUUCGAAACAUCUGAACUUUCGCGCUUUCGUUCGCGAGUGUAAUACGUCUUCCGGGUAGUGCAAACGUGCAUUGCGCAGUGUUACUAACCCCCUUUUCACAGUGCAUUCUCUCAUUGAACAGUUGGUAAUAGCCCAAAUCACUGAGGCUGAUUCCUUCUAAGUAUAAACAAGAAAAAAAAAAGAAAAAAAUGUGGGUCUGAGUGGCUUGUCUUUCACCCACAAUUUCUCUCUCAUCUUCCUCUUCUAUUCUUAUAGUUGGUGUUUUGCGAGAAAAAUAGUCACGAAAAUUCAUUUGACAUGGAAUUACCCACUUAUAAUACCUUAUACAUUUAUGUCAUACUCAUUUUUUCUUUUUUAGUUCCACAAUAUGGAAAAGAGAGGUGGUAGACGUUCAGUAGUCAAACGUGCUAGAGGGAGACGUUUAACUGUUGGACCCCGCCCGUAUGCUCCCCCCCGCCCCCGUGCCCCGACUCCGCAGCAACAUCCACCAGCGACUCCACCACCAAUGCCAGAUUUCCCAACUCAGCGCUCACCCGAAGUCAGAGAUCACAGGUUUCACGGCAAGACUCUAUCUUACGUGAAUGACUGGCCAGAAAGCAUUGAGGAGGAGUGUGUAUUUCUUACACGUGUUGGAAGCGCCUGCAUAAAUAUAGUUUAUGUAAAGUAUGCAAUGAUUAUGAUAGAUUGCGGUGCCAUACGUGGAAGCUUCUCUGGCUUUGACCUGGAAGAAAGAUUGAGAGACCACGUUUUUAUCAAACGAGGUACAGAGGUGAUGGGCACAAAUAUGAAUGUACACUAU